AUGGACAGCGAUGAGUUCGAUGACGGCAUUGCCGACGACGACUUGCUCGCUGUGCUUGACCAACCAGCAGCACCGGCUGCUGCACCUCCAAAGAAUGCAAAUGACGUGAGAGUCGUAAAUGGAAGGGGUGACCAGGACGGAUCUGCUGCAGCUAUAGCUCUGGAGCUCGAAGAUAUUCCUUCGGAUGCAUUCUCAUCACCCGAACCUCCCAGCCGUACAGCAUCAGUACCCAACCAGCCGAGGACGGCCAACCCCCCUCCUCGGACAGGUCUCGCUCGGACAAAUUCUGGAGUUCUUCGACAGACCACCCUAUUUGGAGAUGAGCUGCAAUUUGAUGGAUUCGGUGCGUCGCAGUCGCAAUCAGCAGGCAAUAGGUCGUUCCGAGCAGACCUCCCUAGUGAGGAGCCAACGCACCAUGAGCUUGACAAGGAGGCCAUGAAGACGUGGGUUUACCCAACAAACCUCGGCGCCAUCCGUGAUUACCAGUUCAGCAUUGUUAAGAACAGCCUUUUCAACAACACGCUGGUAGCUUUGCCGACAGGGCUGGGGAAGACAUUCAUCGCAGCCACCGUCAUGCUCAACUUCCAUCGCUGGACAAAAAAUGCCAAGAUUGUCUUUGUUGCGCCGACGAAACCUCUCGUGGCACAACAGAUUGAUGCCUGCUACAACAUUGCCGGCAUCCCACGCUCAGAGACGACGCUUCUCACAGGUGACGUCUCACCCCAGCUGCGCUCAUGCGAGUGGGAGGAGCGACGUGUCUUUUUCAUGACUCCACAAACUCUCCUGAACGAUAUCUCGCAUGGUUAUGCCGACCCCAAGAGCAUUGUUCUCCUGGUCAUCGACGAGGCUCACCGUGCCACUGGCGAAUAUGCCUAUGCAAAGGUGGCCAAACUCAUCCGCCGAUUUUCCAAGAGCAUCCGAGUCCUCGCCCUGACGGCUACACCGGGAUCCAAAGUUGAGACGGUGCAAGAAGUCAUUGACAACCUGGGGAUAUCACACUGCGAGAUCCGUACCGAAGAGUCCAUCGAUAUUCGGCAGUACGUUCACCAGAGGAACAUAGACCAGGUCGUCCUGGACCCGUCAUUCGAGAUGAGCCACGUGUGUGAGCUGUUCAGCAAGGCCCUGCAGCCCAUGUUGGACAAGCUCAGCGCGCAAAACAUCUGGUACGGCCGCAAUGCAAUGUCGCUCACGGCUUUCGGACUCAUGCAAGCGCAGAAGGAAUGGUUCGCGACUCGCGGGAGGUCCGCCAACCAGGGUGUCCAGUUCAUGCUGCGCGCUAUCUUCAGCGUGCUCACCGGUAUUGCGCAUUCAAUCAAGCUGCUGAAUUUCCAUGGAAUCAAGCCCUUCUACGACAAUCUAGACGACAUGCGCAGCGAACAGGAAUCGCGUGGUGAAAAGGGGUCCAAGUAUAAGCGCCAGCUUCUGGAGGAUAAGAAUUUCCAGGAGAUGAUGACGAGCAUCGAGAAAUGGCUCCGGACAGAUGGAUUUGUCGGCCAUCCGAAACUGACGGCCUUGACAGAUCACGUCCUCAACCACUUUAUGGACAGCGGCGAGGGGACGCGCGUUAUUGUCUUUAGCGAGUACCGAGAUUCUGCGGAGGACAUUGUGCGAACUUUGAACAAGCACAGGCCUCUCGUCAAGCCUAGUAUCUUUGUCGGGCAGGCAGACGGAAAGAGAGGGGAAGGCAUGAAGCAGGCUCAGCAGAUCCAGACGAUUGAAAGGUUCCGCAAGGGCGAAUUCAAUGUCCUCGUGGCCACAUCGAUCGGCGAGGAGGGACUUGACAUCGGCCAGGUGGACAUGAUCAUCUGCUACGACUCAUCAGCAUCACCCAUUCGAAUGCUCCAACGAAUGGGAAGAACUGGCAGAAAGCGAGCGGGCAAGAUUGUCCUGCUGCUGAUGAGGGGCAGAGAGGAGGAGCAGUUUGCCAAGUCCAAGGACAGCUACGAGAAGAUGCAGCAAUUGAUCUGUGAAGGUAGCCGGUUCAACUUCCGGUUCGACCUAUCGACUAGAAUCAUCCCCAGGAACAUCCGCCCGGAUGUCGACAAGCGCCACGUCCACAUACCCAUCGAAAACACACAGGAUCCCUCCUUGCCAGAGCCGAAGAAGCGGCGUGCUCCAGCCGGGAAAAAGAAGCCGCCCAAAAAGUUCCACAUGCCGGAUGGGGUGGAGACGGGAUUCAAGAAGCUGUCGGACUACAUAAAGAAGCCGGAGGCAGCUGAGACGGUAGAGACAACACCGGCCAGGAAUCCCGAGCUUGACGACCUCGCCACCAACCCCGAACUGUCAUCCAUUGUCUUGCGCGACGAGGAGCUGGAUGAGCUUAACAGGUCGUACCGUGACCUCCCCUUCAACCAGGACGCGGUCGAGGAAGCGGCCAUGCCUAGUCUGACAGCGUAUCCAGAACUGCAGAGGCAGCUGCGUCCCGUGGUCAAGCUCAAGCACGGGGACCUCACCAAGAGAUGUGUCAAACUUCUGCGGAAGAUGGGCACGGGAUCGGGAGGCCUUGCUCGGGAGCGCAGUGCAAGAGAUACGAGCAACUACCGAGAGAUCCCCGUCAAGUCCUUUGUCGGCACCGACGGCGAAGAUAGCAGCACGGAACCUGAAGGGUCAGCGCCGCGGCCACGCAAACGACAGCGCCAAGGGAUACCAGCUACCACCACAGCAGCAGCAGCAGCAAGAAGCAGCGGUCGUCGUACAAAGAUCACUGGCAGAAAGCAGACCAUCCCAACAACAAACACAUAUACCUCGCUUGCCGUGCGGGGUGACGGGGACAACGAACUAGAGCAAGAGGAAGGCCUGACUCGGCGUAUACGCAAGCCCAAGAAGGCCCAGGACAAGCACGGCAAGAAGCAGCGCGACCUCCAAGAGGUUGGGGACGACUGCGACCGCACCAGCGACCUCAUGAUGACGGACGGGUCAGACAUGGGCUCAGAUCUAGACGACUUUAUCGUGUCAGAUAACCACGAGCCUUCCAGCGCGCGCAGCCACCCGGCGGCACCCACCUCAUCUCAGACCAUGACGCUCAGCCAGGAGGAAGGGUCGAAACCAGAGGCGCAGGAGGAGUCGUAUUAUGUACCGACUCAACUGCCCGCUACGCAAGAGGAAGAAGAUAGCGACGAUAUCCCCGAGCUGGAAGAGCUGGUCAGGGCGCCGAGCGCCAUCGGGGGAUCCUUGUCAGGCCACAGAACAGCUCGUGAACCAUCGGGACGAGCAACAGGUCGUAAUAGGCGGCAGGUCCUUGAUAGUGACAGUGACGAAUAA